AUGUCGACCACCGCCGGCCAAGCAGGCGUCGCCCUCGUCGAGGCGAAAGACUACGCCGCUGCCCUCCCCAAGCUCAACACAGCCCUCGCCGGCUCGUCAUCCCCAGCAUGGCUCCUCGCCCGCUCCAAGUGUCACAUCGCCCAGGCCUCCUACGAGCUGGCCCUCCGCGACGCCGAAGCCGCCUACCUCUCGGCCGCCUCCCGCGGGCUCCCGCCCCCUCAUGAUCGACGCCCAGUACCGCCGUGCCGUCGCCCUCUUCCGGCCUCGGGCCGCCUCGCCGACGCCGACGCCUGCGCCAUCUUGUCGAGGAACCUCGCCGAGGGCAUCUCGCUGCGCGACGCCGCGAAUCUCGUCCCGAGCCCCGGCACCGCCUGGCGGCCCAGCCGCGCAGCCCACCUCGCCGAGAUUAAGCACGUCACGGCGAGGACCGACAAGGCGGCCAUGAUGGAGAAGAAGUUCGGCGCCAUCUGGAACACGGCCGCGGCGCUGCGGGCGCAGGUCCUCGCCGCGCUCGAGAGGGUGCCCGACGGCGACGACAAGGCCCGCCUCACCGUCGCGCUGGUGCCCGUCGAGCGCAAGCAGGACGAGGCCGAGGAGGACCAGCUCGUCAGGGAGGCCGGCGUGCCGAAGGAUGCGUUCCGCGCCGAGUUCACGGAGGACCUGGUACGCCUCAGCCACAUCCCCGGCCACGAGCCCUGGUACGAGAUUCCCCUCUACGGACAGAUCGAUCCCGCCCAGUGCAAGUCUACCGUCACGCCCAACAAGGUCGAGCUCACUCUCAAGAAGCGCGAGCCCGUCAAAUGGGGCACCCUCCGCCGCGCCGCCGAUGCGCCGGCCGCCGCGCCCGCCAAGGUGGCAGCUGCGCCAGCGCCCGCGGCCGCGGCCCCUUCGUCGUCCCGCACGGGCGCCAAAAACUGGGACAAGGUCCUGGCCGAUGAAGACGACACGGAGAAGGAGAGCGUCAACGACUUUUUCAAGACGCUGUACAAGGGGGCGACGGACGAGCAGAAGCGCGCCAUGAUGAAGUCAUUCACAGAGAGCAACGGCACGUCGUUGAGCACCAACUGGGACGAUGUCAAGACGGGCAAGGUCGAGACGGUGCCGCCCGAGGGUGUCAACGUCAAGAAGUGGGAGGCGUAG